AUGUGGCCCUUUUCAACAUAUCCAGAGAAGACAGCGAGUGACGUAGCGGGAAAGACAUUCGACUACAUCAUCGUCGGUGGCGGUACGGCAGGAUGCCUAAUUGCGCACCGACUUUCUGCUUCCCCAAAUGCCUCAGUCCUAGUCUUGGACAAGGGUCGCGUCAACGCCGGGGUUCUCUCGCGGAUCCCACUACUCGGCAUCCUGCAGAGCGGGGUCGUCCGCUACCACGCCGAACCCAACGCGCACUUGCGCGGGCGACAUGUCCAACUUCUUGCUGGCGAAAUGCUAGGUGGUACCAGUCGCGCUCACUCUAUGGUAUGGAGUCCCGGUGGCCGGCCCGAAUUUGACGGCUGGGCGCGUGAGCUUGGGUUGGACGAAUGGAGUUGGGAGAAGGUAGCGCCGGCUUUUGCACGGGUUGAGAAGGCAAUUCCGCGCAAAGAGGCAGGUGAUCUAGGACUCAUGUCCGAGGUCUCGGUUGAUGCAGAUGGGAACAGGGUCUCUGCUUUGACGGCGUGGCUGAAUGCCUCGGUUGUGAAUGAGAGGAAGGGGCGACUGACGGUUUGUACAGGCGUGACGGCGACGAAGCUUGAGUUUGAGGAUGAUGGGACGAGGGUUACAGGCGUAUGGAUUAAGUCUGAAGGGGGUGCGGACAUUUUGGUCAAGGCGCAACAGGAGGUGAUUAUUUGUAGCGGCGCUUUCGCGAGCAGUGGCAUUGGCCCCAAGGACCAUUUGUCCGCUCAUAAAAUUCCAGUGAUGCAUGAUCUCCCCGCAGUGGGUGCAAAUUUAACCACCCACAUCCCUGUGCCAGUCAUGACAGAGCUCCCACUCAAGCACACACUGCAUAUCAUUCAGACGGCGGCUAUCUUAUGGCACUUUUUGCUGUGGCUCUUCUCCGGCACUGGAGUGCUUGCCUCUAACGGCCAAUGGGGCGCCGCAUUUCUACACUCGGAUGCAAUCAACGAGACAACAAUGACAGUCAUACCCCCUGAAGACGACGAGAAGGAAGUGACCGACCUUGAAAUCCUCAUUGCCCCUCUUAGCACACUUAUCGAGUACGGUGUCCCCGGAGUACCCUGCAUGACAUGGUACGCGGCUCUUGUGCAGCCUCACGGUACAGGCAGCGUUGAGUUGUCGUCCAGUUCUGACGAGAAAGCGCCCCUGAAAAUUACACUCCCGUUGCUGGUCGAUGCCCGCGACAGUGAGCGGCUGCGUAAGGCGGUGCGGUUCGCUAUGCGGUUGGCAGAUGAGUUUGCGGGAUCGGAGGUCGGAUAUCCACAUCCGGCGCCGUUGACUAUGGCUCCUGGGAUGGGUUUGGAGUAUUUAGAUGGUCUUAUGGAUAAGAAAAAAAGCAAGAGUGAGAAGAGAAAGCUUACAAGGGUGUCGCCACCACAGAAGGACGCUUGGAGAACCGUGACGGAUACCGAAAUUGAUGAGUAUAUAACGAGGCUGGUCACAGGUAGCUAUGAUCCUGCUGGCACGUGCCGGAUGAGUAUUAGAAAGGAAGAGGGUGUAGUAGAUCAGAGCCUGAGAGUGUAUGGAGUGCGCAACUUGCGAAUUGCUGAUGCAAGUGUGCUACCCCGGUGUGGGGGUGCUUCGAUCUCGGCAUCCAUUUAUAUGAUUGGGGAGCGGUGCGCUGAAUUUAUCAUGAGAGAGGAUGAUUUUCCUUCCUAG